UUUUCUCUCUACCUCCGAGGAAGCGGCAGCCAGGAGGAUUCUUCUCGAACAUUGGAUUCUGCACACCGGAAGGUAUAUUCCGGCCAGAUUGUAAAGCUGAAAGACGACCGAUAAUGGCUAUCAUCUUCCCGAGCUCCGGCAGCGGGUGGAUUCUCUCUCUCAAGGUGCUACUCACCUCGGCCACCGUCUUACUCAUGGCGGAGCUGAUGAAGACAGUGGUGCCGGUGGUUACGGAUUUCGUCGUUACCGAAGUCCCGUCCGUCUACGACUUCCUGCUCUCCUGGCUCCGGCCCCCGUACCUGUACCUCCUCCUCAACUUCAUAAUCGUUUCCAUCGUCGCCUCCUCCAAGUUCCAGCACAAGGUCGAGGAAGCUGAAGCGCCUCUCGUGUAUCCGGCGACUGCUCCUCCUCCGGUGGAACCGGUCAAGGUCUCCGGCGAUGUGCGGAUGGAGUACGCUCCUUACAGUGCUGUUAACGCUCCGGCAGCCUGGAGCGGCGCCGUUUAUGACGAGAGAUCGGGGAAGGUCUCUGUUUCCGAUCCCGAGGACGUGCUUGGAGGAGGAGCAGAGGCAGAGGCCAGUGCCUCGGACACGGAAGCGAAGAAGGUGAAUGACGAUGAUGAAGUGGUGGAGGUUCUGAGGCCGGUGGCCGUGCCGGAGAGUAACGAUUCGACCGAUUUCUCGUUCAUGAAUCUGAACGAGAAGGCGGAGGAGAAGAAACCUCCGGCGUCUGCGAGGUUCCCUGCGCGCAAAUCACUCAAAUCCAGCCCUGAAGCUGGGAAGGCGUUGGGAGUGUCAAAGCCGAAGCGGCAAGACACUCUGGAGAGCACCUGGAAGGCGAUAACGGACGGCCGCACCAUGCCGCUGACCCGCCACCUGAGGAAGUCCGACACGUGGGACGCCCGCCCCCGCCGGAACGACGAGAACGCCCCUCCUCCUCCUCCUCAACCCAGGAUGAAGAAGUCGGAGACCUUCAGCGACCGCUCUGGCGUGGCAGAUAACAGCAGCAGCCCGUCGCUGAGCCGGUCGCCGGGGUCGGGGAAGCUCAGGAGGGAACCGUCGCUGAGCCAGGAUGAGCUGAACCGCCGGGUGGAAGCGUUCAUCAAGAAGUUCAACGAGGAGAUGAGGCUGCAAAGGCAGGAGUCACUGAACCAGUACCAGGAAAUGAUUAGACGAGGCGCGGCUUAGGAAAUUUUGAUGCCGCGGAAUUUACCAGCCAUGGACCACCUAAUGCGUUCUUAGCUUAUUCGACUGAGACAUAUUUGGAGGCACGGGAUGGACUCGAGUCCUGUUUGUCGGGUGACAUGGUUAUUGCAGAAGUUGCAAUGUUGGAGGAAAACGUAGAAGGGGUGGACCUCAAACGUGGUUAGAUGCAUGUGAAGAGGAGGAGAAUUUUUCUGAUUUUGAUCAGAAUUUCCUUAAUUUAUAAUCCGAAGCUCGUCCCAGAUCGAGUGGCACUUGUAUCAGUCAAGGGAAAAGUCACAAAUGGUGCAACACUAUUAUGCCACAUCAACUAUGGGAACUCAGUAUUAGGUCAUGGAAGUCCAAAAAUGGGAUGUUUAAAAGCAUAUAUAUAUAUAUAUAUAUAUAUAUAUAUAUAUAUAGAUAAAAAAGACUCUUAAGAAGUUAAAUUUUGAAGAUAAGUGCUUUUAUCAUGAGGAGAGAAAUAUAAAUAGAUAUGUAUAUAUUUUUAGAAGUUGUUCAUUCCUGAUAUACUUUUUUAAUAAAUACGAUGAAGGUCGUCCAAAGUUCUUUAGGCUUUGGGGCGAUGAUAAGGUUUGAUCU